UUACGAAAAGACGAUCUCCAUCACUUUUCACUUCAGACACGUGUCCAUUGACCGUUUGAAAUAACGAAAAGUCAGCAACACCGAUCAUGAUCGUAUACGUCAUUCUGGCAAUCGCCGCAAUUCUUGCCUAUUUUUACUUCAAAAAUAGUGCAAAUGAUGCUCCAAAAAGCAGAAGAAGUACUAGAAGCACUCGUUCUACUAGGACAACAACUCAGAAAAGAAGUUCAACCAAAGCUGCUGAUCAACAACCAGCUGCUCCGGCUCCUGCACCAGCUUCGGUUCAGCAACAGCCAGAAGCUCCGGCACCUGCCCCAACAGCUCCAGAUGUUCAACAGCCUGGCCCAGCUCCUGUCCCGGUUCCAGAACCUGCCCAACUCGCUCCACAAUCUGCACCUGAGCCAACUCCUGAUGCUCCAGCUGCUGCCCCAGUUCAAGAAACUCCACAGGUUGCCCCAGCCCCUGAAACACCUGCCCCAGCCCCUGAAACACCUGCUCCAGCCCCUGUCCAAGAGACUCCUCAAGUCGUCGCUCCAGCUCCCGAACCAACUCCAGAAGCCGCUGCUCCCGUUCCAGCUGAUCCUCAGUCCUCUCCAAUCAUUCAAAUUGGCGGGGAUUCUGAGAUGUUGGCUCCGAAAGACAAUGCUCCCGGUGGAAUUGGUGGAAAAUCUGAAAGAUUGUAUCCAACUGAGAAUGUUGUUACUGGAAACUCUGUGAUGAUUGCUCCAAAGGACAAUGUUGCUGGUGGUGUUGGAGGAAAAUCGGAAAGUUUGGCCCCGGAUGUUGGAUCGGCUCCAACAUCAGCAGUUUCUACUCCAUCAACGGCACCGGAUUCUAAUGAUGUUUCGAAAAAGUAUAAGAAGAAGAAGAACAAGAAGUCGAAAUCGAAGGACAAGAAGAAGACUGCCUCCAAAAAGAACAAGAAGAAGAAGAAGAGCAAGGGAGAAAGCGCUUCAUCCACUCCUCAAACUCCAAAUGAUCCAGAAACCGGAGUCCAAACAGCAAACGAGAUUCGCAACGAUGCUCCAGAAUCCAAUGUCAACACGGCAUUGUCGAUUCGCUCUCCGGCUCAAGUUGCCCCAGAACCUGAUGUCAAAACAGCUGCCGAAGACAAGAACGAUGUUCCGGAAUCUGAUGUAAAGACUGCUGCUGAAGACAAGAACGAUGUUCCUGAGUCUGGAGUCAAAACAGCUGUUGAGGUUAAGAAUGAUGCUCCUGAAUCUGAUGUCAAGACGGCUACUGAGGCAAACGGUGGUGCACCUGAAUCUGGAGUGAUCACUGCAACUGAACUUGGCGCAGAGCAGAAAGCAAAUCCUUCUGAAUCUCAGGGCUCCUCGGCAGUUUCGACCGCUGCUAGCAACGCUUCGAAGAAGAGUAAGAAGGAUCGCAAGAAGAAGAAGAAGAAGAAGCGCACCAAGUCAAAGGGAACCAAGGAUAAACAGCACUCGUCGAAGUAGUCUGAACUUUUUGUAGUAGAAUAAAGGGAAUUCUGGGUU